UUUUUCUGAAUCUGGUCGACCGUCACAACGUCAAAAGCAUUUUACGAUCUGACGAUUCCCGACAUGUCGGGCGCAUGAUUUUGCACGGAAGAAAAUAACUGACCAUCUCAAGUCAGCUGUGGAUUGUGCAGCAUAAUAAGUGUGAAUCGAAGAAUCAUUUCAUAUCAACUACGACUGUGAAUUAGUGUUUUAAAAUGACAACAAAGCGAUCAUGGAAACUUCAGGAAUUUGUGGCCCACGGAGCCAACGUGAACUGCCUGGCUUUGGGCCAGCAGAGCGGACGUGUGAUGGUGACUGGCGGCGAUGACAAAAAGGUCAACAUGUGGGCAGUGGACAAGCCCAACUGUAUCAUGAGUCUUUCUGGCCACACUGCGCCUGUGGAGUGUGUCAGGUUCAACCACAACGAGGAGCUAGUUGCAGCCGGGUCACAGUCGGGAUCACUCAAGAUAUGGGAUCUAGAAGCCGCCAAAAUUAUCAGAACACUGACGGGACACAAAAGUAACACAAGAAGUUUAGACUUUCAUCCUUAUGGAGACUUUGUGGCUUCGGGCUCGGUGGACUUGAACAUCAAAUUAUGGGACAUCAGGAGGAAAGGCUGUAUCUUCACCUACAAAGGCCACACUGGUCCCAUCAACUGCAUCCGCUUCAGUCCAGAUGGUCGGUGGAUCGCGUCGGCAUCAGCUGAUGGGCUUGUUAAGUUGUGGGAUCUGACUUCUGGCAAACUUCUGCAUGACUUCAAGCUGCAUGAAAAUUCCGUCAACCAUGUUGAGUUCCAUCCUAAUGAGUUUCUCCUAGCUACAGGAAGUGCAGACAAGACUGUAAAAUUCUGGGACUUGGAGACAUUUGAUCUUGUGUCUUCAACAUCGCCUUCUGCGUCUGAAGUCAGGGCGCUCGUCUUUCACUCCGAGGGCAACUUCCUGUACAGCGGCAGCCAGGACAUGCUGCAUGUGUAUGGUUGGGAGCCUGCCUGCUGCUAUGAUACAUUCUCCAUGGGAUGGGGCAGGGUGGCAGACUUGGCAGUGGCUUCCUCUCAGCUCAUCGGCGCUUCGUUUAAUCAGACCAAUGUCUCUGUUCACGUAGUGGACCUUCAGAGAGUCAACAAAACCAGGGGAGUUUCGAUACAACAGCUCCAGCAGGGGCAGCCAGCCGGCACGAGUCAGGGACAGAAGCCAGCCUCUGCCGCCCCCUUGUCAGCCAGUGGUAGGCGGAGUUUCGUCACAGAGAGACCACCUACAACGUCAACCAAGCAAAGGGAGCCUGAGAUUAAGUCUGAGGCACAGCGGGAGUCUCCCACUCAAGAUGAGAAGGAGGAUGACUCUGCCUCCUCCGCUGACAUCCAGGACCCGGUCAACUACGACAGUAUAUUCCAUCCCAAGAAGAGAAUAUCACGAUCGCCAACAAGAGACCAGCCGUUCCCAGCCCCUCUGGAUGACCAGCCGCCUGCCCCGUCGCAACCACCAGCGCCACAACCGAAACAGACAAGCCAGCCACCUCCACAGGCGCCUUCACAGCCCGCACCAGCACCUAAACUACAACCAGCUGCAGCAGCAGUAGCAGCACCGGAACCAGCACCGCCCCCGCAGCGACAGCCAGACCCAGCGCCGCAGCGGACACCGCAGAACAUCAUUUCCUCGGACAGAAAUCAGCCUGCUGGGUUGGACAUGAACGCCUUCCUACCGCAAAACAUGCGGGGUGCAGGAGGCGACCAGAAGACCCGGGCGAAGGAGACCGAAGCGGAGGCCCUGGACUCGCUGAUGAAGGGCCACAACUCCAUGUGUGCGGUGCUGACCAGCAGGAACAAGAACCUGGACGUGGUCCGGGCAAUAUGGACGGCAGGAGAUAUCAAAACUGCUGUGGAGUCUGCUGUCAACAUGAGGGACCAGGCAAUCAUUGUAGAUCUACUGAACAUCAUGAAUAUCAAAAAGUCGCUAUGGUCAUUAGAUUUGUGUGUGAUUCUUUUACCGAAAAUCAAGGAACUAUUAACAAGCAAAUACGAAAACUAUGUCCAUAGUGCAUGUGCUUCGCUGAAACUGAUUCUCAAGAGUUUUACAAGUCUCAUCAAGUCCAACGUCAAAAUGCCGCCCUCAGCUGUAGACAUCUCUAGGGAAGAAAGAUACAAAAAGUGCAGCAAGUGUUAUGGCUACCUGCUGGCAGUGCGGACCGUAGUGGAGGACAGGCAGCACGUAGCGGGCAAGGUGGGCAGCACGUUUAGGGAACUCCAGUUGCUACUGGCUCAGCUUGACUGAUGGGAGAGAGAGAGUGUUUAAGGCAUCAGGCCUCGCCAGCAGAGGUGUCACUAGAGAGAAGCGGGAUUCUGACCUCCCCCCCGCCCCCCCCCCCACCCUCGAAUUUGUCAUUUUUGUCGUUCUGGUCAGCAAACUUGUGUCAGUGUUGGUGGGACUAUCAUAUGAACUGCACCUCAGUUCAGAUGGUGUCCAGUCAUACUUUAACCUGCAAAAGAGGCCACCACAUUAACAGCCCCACCUAGUGUCAGAGGGUGUCCAGUCGUACCUUUAACCUGCAGUUGAAGCCACCACAUGAACAGCCCCACCAAGUGUCAGAUCAUGUCCAGUCUUUGCACUUAAACAGCGCCCCCUAUUGUCGAGGAUGUCAAGCCCCCUCCCUCCUACCUGUGUCAGCCAGUGCUCCUCCCAUCCUUUCCCCCUUCCCCCAAAAGGAAAUGGUUUUCCCCUGCUCCCAGCAAUGAUACAAGUUAUUUCCUAUCCAUUGUGAGGAUAGGGGAAAAUGUAGUAGAGAGUUUUGAGAAUGUUCACAACAACGCUCGUCUGUUGGUGGUCAGUCAUGUGUGCAGCCAUCUACCCAAAAGUGCAUUCCUCACAUCGUGGACCACAUAUUUGGCAUCUAUUUACACGUUUCAUGAAACCGAGUCUUACACAGGCUGUUUGUACUUCAACUGACGCAUGUCGGGGAUAAACUAGUUGGAUAGACGGAGGAGCAAUAAGUCCAAGCAUCAGUGGCAGACAGUCAGUGUCUUGUGUGAUUGUGUUUGCUGAUGUAUUCUGUCUGAGACCAACCAUUGAUAGUAUUCCAAUUUACAAUUCUGCUCCUUCAAAUAAAAUCCCAGUAUUCAACAUUGUAGCUUGGUCUAACUUUUUUUUGUAAAUAUCCUUUUUAUUCUUCCAAGUCUUUUUUUUUGGGUUAAUGUUCUUUGUUUGUGGUUGGGUUAGGUCACAUUACCAUAAACUGCAACUCCCUUCCCUUGUGCAAAGUUUCAUCUCUAAACUCAUAGUGUCCAAUCCAGGUCUUCGUCAGAGAACAUGCAAUGCUUACUGAAUGCAGCUGCCAUUUUUAACAGAGCAUCUGAUUGGAUGUAUUCGGUUUUAUAUAUUAUACCAAGCUGACAUUUUUUUUCAGGUAUUUAAUGUGUAUUCUGUGCCUUAUAUCAUUUAGCUUUGAUACCAGACUUCAUAGGGGGAAGGGGGAAGGGCAAAUGGAAAUCUAACAGAUAUCCCAAAAGUCCAAUUUUGAUUGUAUAUUAUAGUUCUGAUGUGUAUUCACCAUUGACAGGCAAAAUACAUGUUGGAUAGUUUAGUGAUAACUUAUUAAAUGGUAUAUACUAACGUUGAAACUGUACUGAUGAUACACUAUCAAUAGUGUUUUGGGGCAUAACCUAUCUACAGCAAUAUUUCAAGGCCGGGGUUAUUUCUGGUUUCUGAAAUAUUUCCAAGUGGAAAUAUUGUCAAAUCUCGGGAGCUUGAUGUGUACAUUUUGUAAUGUAUACAAUACUAUGCGUCAAAGCAUGUUUUUUUAAGCACAUUUUUUGGUGAAAUUCGGGAAAGAGUGGUUAAAGAUUGUACGACUCUGACUCGAUCUUUUCCUUAUUUAUUAUUUUUUUUUACAGCCUUAUUGCCUGUUUUGGAGCGUCUUGUAUGUAUCACGUGUGAAUGAAAAUAAUAAAAUUCCGUCUGUAAUGUUUCUGCAGAACAUACGUA